ACCAUAUGGCUGCUGGGAAUUGAACUCAGGACCUCUGGAAGAGCAACUUAACUGCUGAGCCAUCUUCCAGCCCCAGCUCAACUUUUGAGAAGUAGCCAGACGCCAUUUUCUGUCUCCAAUGCCAUCCUCGACACCUCCUCUGCAUCACCAUCAUCUUCAGCCGAUCAACUGCAACAGCCUCUGACUCUCUCUACAGAAGACACAUGGUCCCUUCUCAAACACACAAGCUCUGUUGAGACACAGAGUGCUUUCUAUUGUAUUAAAAAGAAAAGAGUGAAGGACUAUGUCAGGAGGCGAGGUUCCUUAGGAGCGGAUGCUAGACAUUGCCACCGAUUUCAACACCAACCAUUUUGCGGCCUUUGGUUGUUGUGUUCCUGCCUGGCUGUCCUCACCGGUGUUCUCGGUGUCUGUGGUGCUCUCUCUUCCUCGGCAGGCACCUUCCUCCUGAUUGCUUCCCUUCAGGCUUCUGUUGACAGGCUGCUGCUCGUGUGGGCCACACUUCCUGGCCAUCCAGACUCACCUUAUUCUCUUCUUCUGCCCUGAUCUGUUUACUUAUUUUCUUUUGUGGUGCAUACCUUUCGUGCUAUAGUUCAACACAUAUCCAUCACUCCUGUCUCCCACUAGAAUAUAAUGUGCGUUAAGAGCAGGAAAUUAGAAUUUGUAUUCCUCGGACAUAGAAUGGUGUUUGGAAAAGCAUAUGUAAAUAAUUACCAAACGAAUUACUGUAAGGAAGGCUAGGAUAUAGGAAAACAAAAAAUAUCAGAAACAUGAGAAUUUGAGUAUUAAGUAUUAAUGGAGAGCAGAGAGACAGCUUAUUGGUUAAAAGCACUUGUUGCUCUUUCAGAGGACCCAGGUUUACUUCGCAUUAACUCAUAACUCCAGUUCUGGGGAAUCUGAUACCCUCUUCUGAGUUCUGUAGGCAACAGGCAUUCACGUGGUGUACACACAUGGACGCAACACACCAGGCAACAGGCUUUUAUGUGGUGUACACACAUGAACACAACACGCCAGGCAACAGACAUUCACGUGGUGUACACACAUGGACGCAACACACCAGCCUCUUACCACCUCUGGCUGGACCUUUCUUCCUCCGGAUUGCAGAGCAUGUAGCUGGUCACUACAUCUCCCCUUUCCAUGACAUUCCUCUGAAGGUGGACUGGAGUGAGGAACACAACAUUCCCAGGAAAAAGGCACGAAAUGAUGAAUAUAAGACUUUGUUUAAUAUGGUUGUGGAAAUACCUCGGUGGACAAAUGCCAAGAUGGAGAUUGCCACAGAGGAGCCACUGAAUCCCAUUAAACAAGAUGUAAAGAAUGGAAAGCUACGCUUCACACCAAAUAUCUUUCCUCACAAGGGCUAUAUCUGGAAUUACGGGGCCCUCCCUCAGACCUGGGAAGAUCCUCAUCUAAAAGAUAAGAUCACAAACUGCUGUGGAGAUAACGAUCCCAUUGACGUUUGUGAAAUAGGCUCAAAGGUUCUUUCCAGUGGAGAUGUGGUCCAUGUGAAGAUCCUUGGGAUUUUGGCACUUAUUGAUCAGAGUGAAACAGAUUGGAAAAUAAUUGCUAUCAAUAUAAAUGAUCCUGAGGCUGACAAAUUUCAUGAUAUUGAUGAUGUUAAGAAGUUCAAACCAGGUUACCUGGAAGCCACUCUCAAUUGGUUUAGAUUCUACAAAGUACCAAAUGGAGAACCAGAAAACAAGUUUGCUUUUAAUGGAGAAUUCAAAAACAAGGCUUUCGCCCUUGACGUUAUUAACUCUACACAUGAACGUUGGAAAGAGAUGGUCAUGAAGAAGUGUGACAAGGGAGCUAUCAGUUGUGCAAAUGUGCACAUCCACGAUAGCCCUUUCCACUGUACUACAGAGGAAGCAAGAUCAUUGGUUGAAUCGGUUCCAGCACCUUCGAUGAGUAAAGAAAGCACCGUAGAAGAAGAAAUGUGGCACUUCAUCUGCAACUGAUGAGGACACGGGACUUCUGCACAGAGACUUCAACCUCUGAGGACCCCCAGGUUCCUUUUCCUUUAGUGCUCUUGUGAAGCCACUGGAUAACCAUCUGAUGACUUCCUGUCAGAUAUCAUUGUUAAAACUUUUUAAUAAACUUGUAAAUUAAUACUAA